UCCCUAUUUUGUUGGUGUAGGUAAUUGACGGGCGAAAUAGUUAAGUCGUAACGUAAAAAAAGUCAAUCGUAUAGUUUAGUACAGAAUUUAUAGUAUUUUUAAAUAACUGUGAAAUGGCUAAGAGAAAGAAUAAACCAUUAAUUGAUUCCGAUUCUAGCAGCGAAUGUUCCGACUUAGAUUCUCAAUUUCUAAACCUCGCUAAAAAGAAAAAGAAGCCUGGUGAAUCUCCACCGCCCUCUAAAUCUAAAGGCAAAUCGUCAGGCAGUGAAUCAGAUUGGGACGAUGAUGAUAAGAAAGGUGACAAAUCAUCAUCAUCGUCCGGCUCAGAGUCAAACAGCGACGCGAAAAGCGAUACCUCCCGCAAGAAGGAGCCAGCGAGAUCGUCACGUAAGAGUUCCUCAGAAGAGGAGCGGAGAAAGACAGAGCAGACGAAGGAAGUUAGGAAGAGUGUGGAUAGUGCUGGGUCGGGGAAGAAGAGAGAUGUUUAUAGCGAACCGGAAGAGGGUGAAGUAUCAUCACAUUCGUCAGAUAAUGAUUCCAUCGACUCGGAGGAAGAAUUUGACGAUGGAUACGACGAAAACUUGAUGGGCGAUGAAGAAGACAGAGCCAGAUUGGCGGCCAUGUCUGAAAAAGAGCGGGAACAGGAGAUAUUCAAACGUAUCGAACGGCGUGAUUUAAUGAAGACAAGAUGGGAGAUAGAACGCAAGCUACGCCUCGCGCGUCGCUCAGCCGCGGAACGAGGCGCGUCCCCCGGCGAGCUCGCGCGGCGCCGCGAGCGCAGGAAGCAGAGACGCGCCAUGAGGCAUCAGCGGGCCACUGUGCAUGCUAUGAAGGAGGCCGAGGCAAGGGAGAAGGCUAACGAGAAACGGGAAUCAGAUAUAGAAGAGCCGAAAGAAGAAGAGACAGCGAAAGAGAAGCCACCUCCCAGUCCUGGUGAAAUUGCUGACGAUGGAAAGGAUUCAGAUCGAGCACUAGACCGCAGCGGUUCCCCGUUAUUCGGCGCAAAGAGCGAACGAAAGCGGAAUGUCGACGAAUCUCGAGUCAACGCUAUGGCCGCGCUCCGUGCUCAGAGAGACGCGAGGGCUAAACUUAGUGAACAUAGACAGAAGAGACGGGAGGAGCAGAGGAGGGAGGGGGACGAUGACGCAGACGCGGAAAUAAUCGGCGGCACAAGCAAGCAAAGUGUCAAGUUAAAAGCGUCAGAUAUUUACUCGGACGACUCGGGCAGCGACUCGGAUGAUAAUAAAUCACAAGGCCGGCGCAGUUCAUCAUCAUCAUCAUCAUCGUCUGGUGAAGAACCGGAGCCGAGGAGGGAACGGGAACAGGAGGAAGUCAAAUAUGCAGAUACUAGGGAUCAAAUUAAUAAAUUACGACUUAGCAGAUUUAAAUUAGAAAGACUAGUCCAUUUGCCUUUCUUCGCCCGCGUCGUCACAGGGUGCUUUGUUAGGAUCGGAAUCGGGAAUAAUAACGGCAACCCUGUAUAUAGAGUGGCAGAAAUAAUAGACGUCUAUGAAACGGCUAAAGUAUACAACUUAGGCAAUACUAGAACAAAUAAAGGAUUGAAAUUGAGACACGGGACACAGGACAGAGUUUUUCGAUUGGAAUUCGUUAGUAAUCAGGAAUUCACAGAUACAGAGUUCCAGAAGUGGAUCAAAGCUAUAAAGGACGCGAAUAAGAAGCCGCCGACUAUGGAUUUUGUUCGAAACAAAAUUUCUGAAGUCAAAGACGCCCUUAUGUAUGAGUUUAAGGAAGAGGACGUAGAAAAGAUAGUAGCGGAAAAAGAAAGAUUCCGCUCGCAUCCGACGAACUACGCUAUGAAGAAAACGCAACUCAUGAAGGAGAGAGAUGUCGCACAGCUGAGAGGCGACGAAGAACUAGUGAUGGAUUUAAAUGCUAAAAUACAAGAAUUGGAAGACAGAGCCAGUCAAUUGGACAAAACGCGAACGUCGUCCAUACAGAGUAUAUCGUAUAUAAAUAAUAGGAACAGGAAGUUGAAUGUGGAGACCGCGGAAAAGGCUAUAAUGGAAGAGAUAAAAGCAAAUAAAGGUAAAAAGACAGACGAUCCGUUCACGAGGCGGCAUACAAAGCCGGUGAUGAAUUUCAAGUCACAUGUGGGCGGACGGAGUCAGGAGUUAGAAAAGAAUCAAGAAGAGGAAGCGGUCGCGCAGAAACAGAGAGAGGAAGAGAGUAAAGUAAUUAAGGAGAGACAGGAGAAAGAGAGAUUGGCGCAAGCAACGGAAGUGGAACGAAGCAAGCCGCGAGAGAAGAGCUCGACGGACAACAGUCUGUACUCGUUGCACGAUUUUGAUAUUAAUAUUGACAUCGAUUUGCCCAUAGCUAGAGCGGUAUCAAGCCAGCCGAAGCAAAUAACUACGAAAGUGAAAGAAACAGGCCCGAAACGAUCUUUGAAUCUCGAGGAAUACAAGAAGAGACACGGGCUCAUAUAGUAUUGCUUUACUAGUUUAGACGCGCGUGUUUGUUUAGUUUUUCCCUACAAUAAAUAUUUGUUUUUGAAGUGAAACUUCUUAAGAGUAAAAUUUCAAGGUCGCGUCAUGGCAAUACCUUCAUGGAGUAAGGAUUUUGGUAUCUUUGAAUCUUGCCAAAGAAGUUUCACUUCUGACACGUGUGCUCGGCACACACGCUAUUUUUCUCUAUAUUUUGUUGUUUUAGCUCUCACACGCUUAGCUUUGUACUGCAAUUAAAAUGGAAUAUGUAUAGUUUUUAAAUUUGUAAAGAAAACAUUGACAACUAGACGUUAAAAAUUGUCCGAAGCAAAACUCUGCCUACGCGUGUAUAUAGGCAGAGUUUUCUUAUAAACGUUUUAAUGUACUUUGAACGUUACUGCCACGUAAUAAGGUGUUUAUUUCAAUGUUU